GGAUGGAUACCAAGACGAUGACGAGCGACCGACGGCUCUCGUGUGGAGGGAAGGAGGAGUGCCUCGGUCGGGGCUCCUAGAACCGGAGAGCUUCAUGGACAGCUCCAGCUCGAUCACACGCGACGAACGCUCCCUCGAGAACGGCCACCAACCUCAGCGUCAUCCUGGCCACUUUUCUUCCCAUGAGGCGCGCGAUCUUGACCGGUUUCCUACCGACGAUCGUCGUCAUCUUCGCAAGAAAAAAUCCAUCGGCCAUCGUCAUACUCUCUCUAAUUUGGACAAUCCUUCCUCUACCUCUAGUAAUGGUUACGAUCCAUCCGGAAUGAGAGACCCUAAUCUAAACAGCUCGAAAAUCGUUCGAAGGCAAACUAGUCAAUCUAUUCGUAAUCAUCAUCAUCAUCGUGACGAUCAUCGUCAUAAUCAUCAUCAACACAACGAAGAAGACCCUUACUUCAUUCGCAGAGCUUCCUCUAUCCAUGGUCAUCCUUCCUCUUCCUCAGCUUCUCACUCUAAAUUCGGGCCCUUAGGUUCCCCUACUUCUACGAAAUCCUUCUCUCAAAAACUCGGCUUCGGCUCGACCAAAAAGACCGAAAAGAAAAACAGGUUUGAUUUGACUAAUGAAGCUCGAAGUCAAUGGGAAAACUUACCCCACUCCACAAGACACUCUACUCCACACCCCAAACCACUGAACCAUAAUGAUCUCAAUAAUGAUGAUUGCUUGAACCAUCAAUUCUAAGCCCCCCCCCCCUCACACACAUAAACUCUCCUUCCUUGCCCCUUCAUCAUCAUGAUUUCUCACAAUCAACUUUUUCUUCUUUCUCUCUCUCUCUCUCUCUCUCUGUACUUGUUUUUUUAUCAGUUAGUUUUCUCUUUUUUUUGUGUGUGAUUUGUGACUAUGAUAUCUGAUAAAAAAAAGAAGCUUUACAUACAAUAUAUAUACAACAACAACAAAUGAAAAGGAG